CUCGACUCUAAAGCGCUUUGCCCUUCGGUACCAGCCGCCGUCUUGGCCCAGCUGGUCCGCUUGAAGGCUUGGCCUUGUCUCGUUCUUUAAUCUCACUCGGACUUCCGUUCCUCGAUCCGCGUUUGCCGAUCUUCACUCCACUUCCACAAUGGAUUCCAACAUAUCAGAAGUUGAAAAACAGCUUCGACGACUCUUCAAACGAUGCCUUCAAUGUCCGCCGAUGAAGCUGGAUUGCCCGGCCUGCAAAGACGGCGAGGUGUGCGUUCAGCAAGCCGAUGAUUGCGAUGUCUGCGCUUCCGUCUCAUGUGUCCCGGUCGGUCAGUCUGGCGCCACCGAGAGCGGGCAGCUCGGGAACAAAUCCGAGGGACCCAACGUCGGCGCCAUUGCAGGUGGAGUGGCCGGCGGAGUCGUAGCGCUAGCAUUCAUUACCUUCCUUGUCUGGUGGUUCAUGAUCCGAAAGAAGAAGGAUGAGUUUAUCGAAUACGAGGAGGAUGAGUUCCCGCCAGAAAAGGAUCAGUUCACUCUCCAACGCGACGGUCGAGCAUCAACGCAUACGGUCGCAUCGUUGGCAUCGACUGUCCUUACUCGAGCAUCAAACGUCAUCCAGAUCGCGUAUAUCCCAGGCGUAACCAACCGCUCAGGACCCGGCUCCCCAGGCCUCCUCGUUCCCCCCGUCCCCCCCAUCCCCAUCCCCACAUCCGGCUCCACCACACCCAACGCCUCUGAAGACCUUCACUUCCUCCCCGGCGACAUCCGCGACACCAUGUACUCCGACAUGUCAGACGUCCGCAGCAGCUACGCCCAAAGCUCCAUGACACGCAACAGCGUCGCCACCGAACGUUACCGCAGCUCCGCCGUUCUCUCUUCCACCCCCGCUACCACCGUCAUGCGCGGCCGCCCCGCUAUCGUCAGCGUCAAAUCCAGCCAGGCCAAUACCCCCGUCCUCUCCGCCGACCUCACGCCCCCCGUCCCUGCCCUAGGCGACGUCCGCCGCUUCGAAUCGACCGCCAGCUCCCCGCAGCCCGCGGCGUCCGCUCGCCCCGUCAUCAAAAUGCCGACGAGCAGCGACUUAAGCCGCUCUGGCUCCCUGUCCAAGGGCGCAUCGUACGGGAAACCCACCACCCUUACCAUCGUCAACCUCCAGAUCGACCGACGAAGACGACACCACUCAAUCACCCUUCUCCGAUGGUGAUGGUGACAGCAGUCCGGAGAUCGGGACGCCCGCGGCGAGGAAGAGCGCGGGGGCGCUGAGCACGGUUAUCGAGGAGGCAGUGAAGCGGGCGAGCUACGUGCCUGGGAAGGGGAACGAGCGGAUGGGCAGUCCUUUCGGGGAUGAGAAUCGGGUGAAUUAGACGUGUUAUCGAGACGGUUAAAGGGUACCUACGGGACCUCGUCACCACGCACUGCUUGUCAU